GGCUCUUGUCACGCCUAGUUUCUGGCACCAUGCGCCACUUAUUUAACACGACAAUAGCCGUGUACGAAAUGGCCCUUUGACAAGCCUACCCAAGGAUAUACUUACCUACCCUCGACGAACGCAAUUAACCGUAUUGACGAAACGGGUCAGGCCGGCCGACUCCCCUGUGGAUCAGGACAAGACCCGAUGGCCACUGGCAGCGUUAUCUUCUUUCUACACUAUGCGACAUGAACCGAAUCGUCCGUACAGAUAGACAACGUAACUCGAUAUUAACCAAUGGGUGCGUUUCGACCGACUUCGAUAACAGUUCGGAGUCCAACAGGUCUCCAAUCUACCCUGCCCGUGGUGCUGUCGGUGUAACCACAUCUCGUGGUUGCAUCUCACCCGGAGAGUUUAACUGAUAAGCAGGGCUCCAAAGUGAUCAACAACAGAUAGAUCGACUGAUCCAACGACUACCGUAAUGUAACGUCAUUUGGCGUUCUAAUUCCCUAUCUGGGUCAACCGGCCACUUUCGCCCAGAUAUUAUGCCUACAGUUUAUCCUCUCUCAUUGCAAUGAACGGCCACCUCUCCUUCCACUUCUCGGUAAGUACAGCGACGAAAAAAAAACGGCCCUGAUUUCCCAUCCGAUUCCACUCGAGAACAUCAGGGUCGAGGUAACCGAAAGCCCAACAUGGCUCAAGGCAACAACAACAACAAGGCAGAUGCCGCCAGCAAGGAUAUCAAAGCAAUUGUCCACCAUGAUACCGGCCUGGACGAAGCCAUCCACUUCGAACGUUCCCUAACCUUUCUCCAAGCCUGCGCCCUCUACCCCUCCGCCAUCCUGUGGUCCGCCUUCGUCUCCAUGGGCGUCAUAAUGCUCGCCUUCGACCCGCAGCUCCUAGGCAACUUGUACGCCAUGCCGCAAUUCCGCAAAGACUUUGGCUAUCUCUAUAAAAAUGACUACAUCAUCAGCGCGCCCUGGCAGACCGGCCUAUCAAUGGGUAAUCCCGUGGGGCAAGUCGUCGGCGCUUUGAUUGCGGGAUACCCGAUGGAGCGGUUCGGGAGGAAGUGGACUUUUGGGGCUUGCGUGGCGCUGACGGCUUGUCUUAUUUUUAUCCAGUUCUUCGCCCGCUCGCUGCAGGUGUUGCUGGUUGGUGAGCUUUUGGGGGGUCUGGUGCUGGGGUGUUAUGCCGUCAUUGCACCUGCUUACUCGUCCGAGGUGUGCCCGAUGGCUCUUAGGGGGGUGUUGACGAGCUAUGUCAACUUGUGCUUUGUUAUUGGUCAGUUGUUGGGGAACGCAGUAUGUGCUGGAACGAGCAAGUUGAGCAAUCAUUGGGCGUAUUCAAUUCCGUUUGCGCUGCAGUGGUUUUGGUGCUUGGUUAUACUAUUGGGGCUGGCGUGGGUGCCGGAAAGUCCGUGGUGGUUGGUAAGGAAGGGGAAACUGGAUGAGGCUGAGAUGGUGCUGCGUAGGCUGGCAUCGGACAAGGUUGAUGUGGGAAAGACGUUGACAGUGAUUGUGGAAACGGAUCGGUUGGAGCAGGAGUUGGAGAUGGGGAGUACUUAUUGGGACUGCUUUAGGGGAGUGAAUCUCCGGAGGACGGAAAUUUCCAUGGGUGUUUAUUGUACCCAGGUCCUGAGUGGGAUUUACCUGAUCAAUUAUGGGACGUAUUUCUUUCAGCUCGCUGGUUUGGACAACGACGAAGCAUUUGACAUGGGAAUUGGAUUUUUAGCCGUCGGCUUCCUCGGCACUAUCAUUUCCUGGCCCCUGUUGAUCCGCUACGGUCGCCGAAAGAUCUUCAACACCGGCCUCCUAGUCCUCGUCUUCCUUCAAAUCAUUAUUGGCAUUCUUGACUGCAUUCCUGGCCGGCCCAGUGGCGUUAUUUGGACCGAAUCCUCACUGAUGCUAGUGUGGAACUUCUUCUACGAUAUAUCUGUCGGCCCCGUCUGCUUCGUCAUUAUAUCCGAAGCCAGCGCCACCAGGGUGCGAUCCAAGAGCAUUGCCCUCGCGACUGCCGCUCAAGGCGCUCUUGGCUGUGUGAUGACGGUUGCGAUUCCUUAUAUGAUCAACCCUGAUCAGGCGAACAUGCAGGGGAAAUUGGGUUUCUUCUUUGGGGGUCUUGCUGCGAUGUGCCUGGUUUGGUCGUAUUUGAGGGUUCCGGAGACGAGCGGGAGGACGUAUGAAGAAUUGGAUAUCCUGUUUGAGAGGAAGAUCGGAGCAAGGCAGUUUCAAGAAUACGUUAUCGAGAGUGAAGGUGUCGACUGA